AUGAGUUCUUCAUCAAGCUCUCGUGAACCUUCACCAUCUGUGAAACAAACUUUACCAAACGAUUAUGGAGCACCUAUUGAAUAUUUCUUACGAGCUGCACAAUGGCAAAGAGCAGUCUCACCAAGGUUAGGUGUUCCACCAGCUCCUGUCAAAAAUAGCAUUUGGUCAAGUCCUUAUAUAAGAUAUGGUCUCCCACUAGGUUUGCUAGCUACAGCAGGAGCAGUUAUGAUGUUGAAAAGAAAUAAAGCAAAUGUUGUAAAUAAUACUGAAGUAGUUGAAGUUAAACAAACUCCAACACCUUCGCCAAAACCAACGCCUUCACAAACAACACCUUCAAUGACUCCUGAACCUAUGGAA